AAUGAAGUGGUUCUAUAAUAUGAAGCCUUCGCGGAUGCACUUGGAGCUGCAUUUACGCUUCGUAUUUGGUAUCUUCUGCUCAAGCUCAAGGAGAUUUAGUAGCUCCAGUGGUACCACAAAGUUCGACUUCACUGACUUAACUCGUCCUCAUACAUGGUACCCAAAUGCUCGAAAAAAGAAGCGCAAUGUCAUCCUACAUGUGGGUCCCACAAAUAGUGGCAAAACACACCAUGCACUCAAACAAUUAGAAUCAAGCUUUUCAGGAAUAUACUGUGGUCCUUUAAGACUGUUGGCAUGGGAGGUGUCAAAAAGGUUAAAUAAAUCCAUGGUUCCAUGUGACCUGAUUACAGGCCAAGAGAAAGAGGAGAUUGAUGGUGCAAAGCACAAGGCUGUGACUGUUGAAAUGGCUGAUGUCACCUCUGAUUACCAUUGUGCUGUUAUUGAUGAAAUCCAGAUGAUAGGAUGUAGAACAAGGGGUUUUUCAUUCACUCGUGCAUUAUUAGGAAUAUCUGCAGAUGAACUUCACCUUUGUGGAGAUGCUGCUGCUGUUCCUCUUAUUCAGGAAAUACUCAAAGUAACUGGAGACGUUGUCAAGGUUAAUUACUAUGAGAGGCUCUCACCUCUGGUUCCAUCAAAGGUCCCUCUAGGAUCCUUCUCCAACAUACGCACAGGUGAUUGUAUAGUAACCUUUUCAAGGCGUGAGAUAUACAAACUAAAGAAAGAAAUUGAGAGCGGGGGAAAGCAUCUCUGUUCUGUGGUCUAUGGUUCACUGCCCCCAGAGACACGAACAAGACAGGCAACGAUGUUCAAUGAUGAAAGUAGUGAAUUUGAUGUUCUUGUGGCAAGUGAUGCCAUUGGAAUGGGGCUAAAUUUAAACAUUUCUAGAAUUAUAUUUUCAACAUUGAAGAAGUUCGAUGGAAUAGAAAUGCGGGAACUUACCAUACCAGAAAUCAAACAAAUUGCAGGAAGGGCUGGCAGGUAUGGAUCAAAAUUUCCUUCUGGUGAAGUGACAUGUAUAGAUGCAGAGGAUCUACCUUUACUUCAUUCGUCAUUGGAGUUACCUUCUCCAACAUUAGAGCAUGCUGGGUUAUUUCCUACGUUUGAUCUCUUGUUCUUAUAUUCACGUUUAUAUCCAACAAUGGGCUUCCACCAGAUAUUGGAACAAUUUCUGGACAAUGCAAAGUUAUCUUCAAACUAUUUCAUUGCUGACUGUGAAGAAAUGUUGAAGGUUGCUGCUGUAAUUGAUGAGUUGCCUCUUGGAUUGCAUGAUAAGUACCUUUUCUGCAUAAGCCCAGUUGACAUGAACGACGACAUCUCAUCUCAGGGCCUUACACAGUUUGCACAAACCUAUGCAAGGAAGGGCAUUGUUCGACUUCGAGAAAUAUUUACUCCAGGGACACUUCAGGUGCCAAAAACACAAACUGCGCUCAAGGAGCUUGAAUCAGUUCACAAGGUCUUGGAUCUUUAUGUCUGGUUGAGUUUCCGACUGGAGGACUCAUUCCCAGACAGUGAGCUGGCUUCGUCGCAGAAGUCCAUUUGUAAUCUGUUGAUUGAAGAGUUCUUGGAGAGGCUGGGAUGGGAGAGACCGAGGGCAAGAAGGUUGCCCCGUCGUACAAACUUAAGAUCUCUACUUUCACCAGAAAUCAGGCAUUAUUUAUAAAAGAAUAAUCUUCCACCUCUGGCGUGUUAAAAAAUACACGCAUGUACACUCCUUGUGGGAAUUCAUUCUUUAUAUUUUUCACGGAUAGUCCAGAUUUAUCUGGUAUUUGAAUUUGUAUCAUUCUUCUGAUUUAGUUUGUUCAAAUUAAUUUAUUUUGUUCAACUCCCUCCCAAAGAUGAUUUGAUCUGUGUCGAGCACAGUCUCCUGCAGUCAAUAAAGAAGGUGUACAAAGUAAGUAU